UUCUCCCGCAGAGUCCUCUACGGACCAAUAGGAGACGCCGGUUGGGGGUGUCGAUUCUAGACUCGGGUUUAAAAAGAAGCGUGCGCCCAGCCGUCGGACUGCAGAAACAUCCAUCAACAUGAUCCUCUUUGUGCUCGCCUCAUCGCUCCUCGCCAGCGCCCUCGGCUGCGGGUCCCCUCCCAUCGAGCCCUACUCGUCCCGCGUGGUGAACGGCGUGGACGCCAGGCCCAAUAGCUGGCCUUGGCAGAUCUCCCUCCAGUAUGAGAGGAGCGGUGAGUGGAGACACACCUGCGGAGGAUCCCUGAUUGCCGAGAACUGGGUGAUGACCGCCGCCCACUGCAUCAACUCCAAGUUCACCUACAGGGUCUUUGUGGGCAAACACAACCUGGUGAAGGAGGAGCUCAGCGCUAAAGCCAUCCUGACCGAGAAGAUCAUCGUUCAUGAGAAGUGGAACCCCAUCUUCGUGGCUUUCGGCAAUGAUGUUGCCCUGAUCAAGCUGGCUGAGCCUGUGGUUCUGAGCGACCAGGUGCAGCUGGCUUGCCUCCCUGCAGCCGGCAGCCUGCUGCCCAACCUGUACCCCUGCUACAUCACCGGCUGGGGAAGGCUCAGCACCGGAGGUCCCAUCGCUGAGAACCUUCAGCAGGCUCUGAUGCCCGUGGCCGACCACGCCACCUGCUCCCAGCCUGACUGGUGGGGCAGCGCUCUCCGGACCAGCAUGGUGUGUGGCGGCGGCGACGGCAUCGUGGGCGGAUGCAACGGGGACUCCGGCGGACCCUUGAACUGUAAGAACGACCAGGGAACGUGGGAGGUCCACGGCAUUGCCAGCUUCGUCUCCGGGAUGGGAUGCAACUACGUGAGGAAGCCAACCGUCUUCACCCGAGUGUCCGCCUUCAACGACUGGAUCGACCAGGCCAUGAUGAACAACUAGAGAUGAAUAAAUAUAAAUAAAUCUCAUCAAAACACA